AACGCCAUUAUAUCCCCUUCCCUCUAAAAAUCAACUCUCUUUUUUCCUUCAUAAAAAAAACACCAAUAAAAUAAUUAUGGGUCAUCCAAAUAAGCCAAAGCAAAUAUUUGAUUCAUCAAAGCUAGUAGCUCUCAACUUACUAGAAUCCGUAACGGCUCUAGCCUACUUAUGUGCCAAGUACACCCGCCGAGCUUCGAAAAAGCUCGUUCGAAAAGCCGUGAAGCCGAGUAAUAAGAGAAUACUCGGCAGGAGAAGCGGCGGUGGCGGUGGCGGUGGCGGUGGCAGGGACGGAGACUUCGGUGAGCAAAGCUUCGGUGAAGGCGGUGUAUGGCGACGGUCUAUCUUGAUGGGUGAUAAGUGUGAGCCUCUAGAUUUCUCAGGUGUUAUAUAUUAUGAUAAUAAUGGUAAUAAGUUGUCUGAACCACCUGUCAAGUCGCCACGUGGCAGUCCGUUUAUUGGUUACCGUUAUCCGACGGCGGCGGAGAGUUAUUAGGUGUUAAUCACCACCAUCAUGUUUCUAUAAUUGGUAAUUGUAUGAGUUUUGUUUUGGAUUGUUUGUGGGGACCAUGGACGUACUUUAAGUUUUUACCUCUUUUUUUUAUGGAUUCGAAGUUUAUAUCAUAUCAUUCUCGUAAAUUUUAAUUUUAGUUAGGCUUUAUAAAAUAUACGUAAUAUAUAUGUUGAUUAGAGGGAAACGAAAUCAUUAUUAUAUGUUUAUGAGAACGAUAUGCGUAUUUAGAAGAUAAACUAGAAAAUUAAAGCCCUUUUUGUUGAGAGUGUGAUGGGAAAUCAUAG